CACCCAGGGGCAGCUCCAGACACAAUAUAAGAGGCAGAGCCCUCUGCAGCUCCAGUCACUGCACCUCCUGGUCUCCUCUGGAGUCAUUGCACCUCCCGGUCUGGUCUCCUCUCUGGAUACUCUAUCUACCGGGCACCCACUGGAUUACCUUUACGCAGCGCCAUCUCUCAAAGGCUUUCCAUACUGCUGUGAAGGGAGAAUAUUGGACACAUUUUUUCCAUUUAUUUUGUUCAACUCUCUUGGAUGAACUAUAAGUUUUUGUUUUCUACACUACCGGGGAAUUGUACCAGUUAAGAGGAGUUAUGCGACUCGGCGUGCUGUGCUUACUGCCGCUGCUCCUCGUUUGCGCUCCAGCGCAGUCUCAAGAUGUUGAGCUGGAGGACGAGAGCGUGUUUGACUUGUUCAGCAUCAGUCACAUCAACCGCAGGACUAUCGGCGCCAAACUCCUGAAGGGGCACGAUGGAGACUCUCCCGCCUACCGCUUCAUCCGCUUCGACCAGAUCCCCUCCGUCAGCGCGCCCUCCUUAAAACAGCUGCUACUGCAGGUGCAGAAUAACGAGGGCUUCAUCUUCAUGGCGACCAUGCGACAGGACCGCGCCUCCCGGGGCACUUUAGUCGGUCUGGAGAGCACCAACGGCCGUCGCCAGUUCGAAAUCGUGUCCAACGGUCGCGCUAAUACAUUAGAUUUGGUGUACUGGGUGGACGGUUCUCAGAACGUGGUGUCGUUCGAGGACGUGGACCUGUCGGAUGGAACGUGGAAGAACAUCACGCUGCACGUGCACGGGGAGAACGCGCACCUGUACGUGGGCUGCACGCUGAUCGACAGCUUCAUCCUGGACGACCCGUUUUACGAGCAACUGAGGCCGGAGGGAAGCAGGAUGUACGUGGCCAAGGGCUCCAUCCGGGAAAACCACUUCAGGGGGUUGCUUCAGAAUGUGAAAUUCGUCUUUGACACGACCUUGGAUGAUGUUCUGCUGCAGAAGGGCUGUGACGUCACCAAGCCAGUGGAGGCCAACUCGGUGACGGGCGGUUCGGAGAUGGUGGACGUUGGUCAUGUGAUCACCACUAACUUCAUCGGCGUGAAGGCGGAGGUGCCGGGGGGCGCGGGGGGGUCGGCGGUGUGUGAGCGCUCGUGCGAGGAGCUGGGCUCGCUCUUCCAGGAGCUCAAGGGGCUGCGCAUCGUAGUCGGAAACCUCAUGGACGGACUACAGAAAGUGACGGAGGAGAACACGGUGAUGAAGGAGGUUCUUGGUAAGAUGAGGGGUUCUAAGGAGAAGAACAUGUGCUGGCAGGACGGACGCCUAUUUGAGGACCAGGAGGACUGGGUAGUGGACUCCUGCACCAAGUGCACAUGCCAGGAGUCUAAGAUCGUGUGUCACCAGAUCACGUGUCCUGCUGUCGCCUGUGCCAGCCCCACUUUCCUUGAUGGGGAGUGUUGCCCUGUCUGCCUACCUAAGGACAGUGAUGAUGGCUGGUCCCCCUGGUCUGAGUGGACUGAGUGUACGGUGACGUGUGGUACCGGUACCCAACAGAGGGGUCGCUCCUGCGACGCCACCAGUAACCCCUGCAGCGGCCCCUCCAUCCAGACCAGGAAGUGUCAACUGGCCAAGUGUGACAGCCGCGUGCGUCAAGAUGGCGGCUGGAGCUUGUGGUCUCCGUGGUCGUCGUGCUCGGUGACGUGUGGCGAGGGACAGAUCACGCGUAUCCGCCACUGCAACGCCCCCGUGCCACAGCUGGGCGGGAAGGACUGCGAGGGAAACGGACGAGAGACACAGCGCUGCGAAGCCAAACCCUGUCCCAUCGAUGGUGGCUGGGGUCCCUGGUCCCCAUGGGCGGUGUGUUCUGUGACGUGCGGGGGGGGCACCAGGGGGAGGACGCGGGUGUGUAACAGCCCCAAGCCCCAGUACGGGGGCCGAAGGUGCGCAGGAGAACUCAAGGACAACGACGUCUGCAACAAACACGACUGCCCCGUCGAUGGUUGUCUCUCGAACCCGUGCUUCGGUGGAGUGGACUGCACUGGCGCCCCCGACGGCUCGUGGGAGUGCGGACCUUGCCCAGUCGGUUUCCGCGGCAACGGAACUGUCUGCGAAGACAUCAAUGAGUGUGAUCUGGUUUCUGACAUCUGCUUCAAAGUGGGCGGGACCCAGCGCUGUGUCAACACCAAUCCGGGCUUCCACUGCCUCCCGUGCCCGCCCAGAUACAAGGGCACGCAGCCGUACGGCAUGGGCAUCGAGCAGGCCAAGACCAACAGACAGGUGUGUGAGCCAGAGAACCCGUGUAAGGAUAAGACCCACAGCUGCCAUAAGCAUGCGGAGUGUAUCUACCUGAGCCACUUCAGUAACCCCAUGUACAAGUGCGAGUGCAAGAUCGGCUUCGCCGGCGACGGCAUCAUCUGCGGAGAGGACUCGGACCUGGACGGCUGGCCCAAUCAGAACCUGGUGUGUGGCGCCAACGCCACCUACCACUGCAAGAAGGAUAAUUGCCCCAGUCUGCCCAACUCUGGCCAAGAGGACUUCGAUAAGGACGGCCAGGGAGACGCCUGCGAUAAGGAUGAUGACAACGACGGAAUCCUGGAUGAGAUUGACAACUGCCCUCUCCUCUACAACCCUCGUCAGGCUGAUAACGAUAAGGACGACGUGGGCGACCGCUGCGAUAACUGCCCAUACGAACACAACCCCGCCCAGAUAGACACCGACCACAACGGAGAGGGAGACGCCUGCGCAGUCGACAUCGAUGGAGACGGGAUCCUGAAUGAGCAGGAUAACUGUCCGUACGUCUACAAUACUGAGCAGAAGGAUACGGAUAUGGACGGCGUUGGAGACCAGUGUGACAACUGUCCUCUGCUGCACAACCCCGACCAGAUUGACACGGAUAACGAUCUAGUUGGUGACCAGUGUGACAACAACCACGACAUCGACGAGGACGGACACCAGAAUAACCUGGACAACUGUCCCUACGUUGCCAACGCCAACCAGGCGGACCACGAUAAGGACGGGAAAGGGGACGUCUGUGACUUCGACGAUGACAACGACGGCAUCCCUGAUGACAAGGACAACUGCAGACUGGUACCCAACCCAGACCAGGUGGACUCGGACGGUGAUGGUCGAGGCGACGCGUGCAAGGACGACUUUGACAACGACAGCAUCCCCGACAUCCUGGACGUGUGUCCCGAGAACAACGGCAUCAGCAUCACGGACUUCCGCAAGUUCCAGAUGGUCCACCUGGACCCCAAGGGCACCACCCAGAUCGACCCCAACUGGGUCGUGCGGCACCAGGGCAAGGAGCUGGUGCAGACCGCCAACUCCGACCCGGGCAUCGCCGUCGGUUUCGAUGAGUUUAACGCGGUGGACUUCAGCGGGACGUUCUACGUGAACACGGACCGGGACGACGACUACGCGGGCUUCGUGUUCGGCUACCAGUCGAGCGGCCGGUUCUACGUGGUGAUGUGGAAGCAGAUCACGCAGACCUACUGGGAGGACAAGCCCUCCAAGGCCUUCGGGAUCUCAGGCGUCUCCCUCAAGGUGGCCAACUCCACCACGGGCACCGGGGAACACCUCAGGAACGCCCUGUGGCACACCGGAGACACACCUGGACAGGUUCGUACUCUGUGGCACGACCCAAAGAACAUCGGCUGGAAAGACUACACAGCAUACAGAUGGCACCUCAUACACAGACCAAAGACUGGCUUCAUCAGGGUGGUAGUUUACGAAGGUAAACAGAUCAUGGCGGAUUCGGGGCCUAUUUACGACAAGACGUUUGCAGGCGGGCGGUUAGGUCUGUUUGUCUUCUCCCAAGAACUGGUGUUCUUCUCCGACCUCAAAUACGAGUGCCGAGAUAAUCCAGACUUGCCCUCACUCUUGUUCUUCAGGUAA